UCAUAGAAGCACUUGAGCAUUUGGUCUUUUUGCAAAUUGUUUGAAUAAAUUUAAUUACACUUUGACAUUUUCCUUCGCAGGGAAUACAUAAAACAAGGAGAGACAAAAAAAAGUUAAGAAAAAGAGAAACGAGAGACUUUGGGAAUGAACGUGAGGGAAAAAUGCUUUAACGACAAUUGAACAAAAGACCUUUGGACUGGGGACAAUUGGGCAUUGAGGCGUUUUUAGUCGAAAACUCAUGGUAGCAUUUCUUUUUCAAAUUUGACGUAAUUCCCUGUCCAAUUAACCUCAUGUCAGCUAAUUUUUUCGCCAAAUUGACUUGUUAAAUUUGUCCUUAUUUUUAAAUUUAAUUAUUUUUAGUAGAAAUGUCGCUUGCGAGCAUGCCUGGUUCACGUGCUAUUUUGACUUUACAAAAAUCCCUUUUGGGAUUUCAAAAGUAUGCAACUUCUGUUCAAUCUUUGCGCAAUUCUAGUUCAGCUGUCAAGGUGACGCUUGUUGGUGCUAGUGGAGGAAUUGGACAACCUCUUGCUCUUCUUUUGAAAAAGAAUGCUUCGAUUGCGCAUUUGGCUUUAUAUGAUAUUGUUGGCACUCCAGGAGUCUGUGCCGAUCUUUCUCAUAUUAAUACUCCUGCGAAGGUCACUGCCCAUAUGGGACCUAACGAAUUGUCUGCUGCUUUGAAGGACGCCGAUGUUGUAGUUGUGCCUGCUGGUGUUCCAAGAAAGCCAGGAAUGACGCGUGACGACUUAUUUAACACAAAUGCCGCAAUCGUUCGUGAUGUUGCUGAAGCCGCAGCGAAAGCUUGUCCCAAUGCUUUUCUUAGCAUAAUUACAAAUCCGGUGAAUUCAAAUCUGCCUAUCGCUUCUGAAGUUUAUAAAAAUAACGAUUGUUAUAAUCCAAAAAAGAUUUUUGGAGUGACUCUUCUUGAUGUUGUUCGUGCCCAGACUUUUGUUUCUGAAUUAAAGAAUGUUGAUGUUACAAAGACAAAAAUUCCUGUAGUUGGUGGACAUUCUGGCGUGACUAUUGUGCCUUUACUUUCCCAAUGUCAGCCGAAAGUUCAACUUAGCGAUGGAGAAAUAAAGGCAUUGAGUGAGCGUAUUCAAGAGGCUGGAACUGAAGUUGUUAAGGCUAAAGCUGGCGCUGGUUCUGCUACGUUGUCAAUGGCUUUGGCAGCAGAAUAUUUUGUUGGAUCCUUGGUAAAUGCUUUGAAAGGACAGAAAAGUGUUCAGUGUGCCUAUGUUCGAUCGGAUGUCGUGCAAGGACUUGAAUAUUUUGCUGGACCUGUUGAACUCGGUCCAAAGGGAGUGGAAAAAAUUCUUCCUCUUGGCGAGCUUUCGAGCUAUGAGAAGCAAUUAAUUGAGAAGGCAAUUCCUGAUUUGAAGAAAGAAAUUGCUAAGGGUGUUGACUUUAUUAAGCGAGGAAUUUAA